AUGUCAAGAACAUACAGAUUCUUCGUAGAGUUUUUAAUUUUAGUCAUUCCUGUUAUAUUAAGUGUAACUAUAUGGUCCGAUAAACUGAACUCAUUAAUAUAUACCUUAAUGAUUAUUGACUUACCUGUUAUUGCAAAAUUAGUAUUUAGUAUUUUUAAAAAUACUAAAAAAGAUACUAAUAUAUUUGCUGUGGAAAUACCUACAGGAAACCGUGAAUUCAUAUCCAUUGUAAGAGCUAUAAUAAACUUAUUGACGGCAGUAUGUAUUCUGGCCGUUGAUUUCCAAAUUUUUCCUAGAAAAUUUGCUAAAACUGAAAACUAUGGAUUCAGUCUUAUGGAUACAGGUGUUGGAUUAUAUGUUUUUGGUAAUGCUAUAAUAGCACCAGAAAUUUAUAAACAAAGUCAAUUAAAACCACCAUUAUCACGUUUCAAGUCUCAACUUGUAGGAACAAUACCUCUUUUAAUUUUGGGGGCAGGAAGAUUUAUUAUUGUUAAAGAAAUUGAUUAUCAGGAACAUAUUUCAGAAUAUGGUGUUCACUGGAAUUUUUUCAUCACACUGGCAAUAACAAAACUGCUUGGAACAACACUUUUACUAGUAAUUCCGAUAAAAAAUCUAUUAUUAUCUUCACUUUUAAUAUCAAUCCUGCAUGAAAUAUUAUUAAGCUAUGGAUUGUCAAGCUGGGUUUUGUCUGAUAUCGAACGAAAUUCAUUUCUAACUGCUAAUCGAGAGGGUAUUGUUUCAAUUUUAGGGUAUGUUGCAUUAUAUUUAAUAUCAGUUCAUCUAGGAGAAAUAUUAUAUGUUAAAAGUAAAGAUAUUAGGGCAAAUAUAUCUUGUAUUGUUAAACUAACAUGCUAUGCCCUACUUUUUAAUAUCUUAACAAUUAUUUAUCACAAACAUUUUGGUGUUUCAAGAAGAUUAGCCAACUUUGGGUAUCUGACAUUCGUCCUGAGUUUAUCUGUAUCUAUGUCAGUAGUAUUUUUAAUUAUGGAACUACUUUUAAUUGUUUAUACAAAAUCAAAUAAUGAAGUUUUCAAUGCCAAUAAUUACAUUCCAACUAUAUUUAAAUCAAUUAAUUAUAAUGGUUUGUUAUAUUUUUUAAUAGCAAAUUUAGGCACAGGUUUAAUAAAUUUAUCAACGAGAACUUUAUUGGUGCCAGAAGCACCUAGUCUUUUCAUCAUAGCCACCUAUAUGUUUGUAAUAACAGGUUUUGUUCAAGUAUUAAUGAUGAAUAAAAUAAAAUUAAAAAUUUGGUAAUUUUGUUUAGAUCGUUAUUUAUUUUAUAAAAUUGUAAAAAAAUAUUAUAAAC